CACUCCGGGCGCGGAUUUUGUAAACACAGCUAACUGUAACCCUGCAACUGAGGGCGAUUGAUUUGGUCUUGUAGCUUUUUUAUAAUCCAUUUCCCAAAUCUCCGUGUUAUUUUUCUUCCUUCCUCUCUCCGUGGUUGGUCUCUAUUGACCUUGUUGGAGUAGUGACAACUUUUGAGCACUUUGUAAAACUUUCUGCGCGCGGGCGUCAUGGCUUUAGCUAGCCCGCGGAGCUAGCAUGGUUGCACAGAGGAGGGACAGCGGCCGGGAAGCUGCCUGGCGGACCGGCGGCUUCAUGUGAGAGCGGGCCAGGCAUGCGGUUACUGCACCUCCUGGGGAGAUUCACGCUGCGACCGGGACUACCGCGGACAACCGUCAAGCCGAGGUACUUCUGCGGCCGGUCUCCGGACACACCACCGGAGGCGGACAUGAUCCGGAGUCGGGCUCAGAUCAAGCGGGUCCUCUGCGUCGCCGAGAAGAACGAUGCCGCCAAGAGCAUCGCGGAGAUCAUGUCCAACGGCAGAGCCAGGAGGAGGGAAGGAAUGUCAAAAUUUAAUAAAAUCUAUGAGUAUGAAUAUCAACUAUUUGGCCAGAAUGUGACAGUGACAAUGACAUCAGUGUCAGGCCAUUUGCUGGGCCUGGAGUUUAAAGCACCGUUCCAGAAAUGGCACAGCUGCAAUCCCGUUCUCCUCUUUGAUGCCGAAGUAGAGAAGUAUUGUCCGGAGAACUACAUACAAAUUAAGCGGACGCUGGAGAAGGAGGUGAGGCAGUGCCAAGCCUUGGUCAUCUGGACCGAUUGCGACAGAGAGGGGGAAAACAUCGGCUUUGAAAUUAUCGAUGUUUGCAAAGCAGUGAAGCCCAACUUGCAAGUCUUCCGGGCAAAAUUUUCUGAGAUAACGCCCAACUCAAUUCGGAGAGCAUGUGAGACUCUAACGGAGCCCGAUGUUAACAUCAGUGAUGCGGUUGACGUCCGCCAGGAGCUGGAUUUGCGGAUAGGGGCUUCAUUCACUCGAUUCCAGACACUUCGCCUGCAGAAGAUCUUCCCAGAGUCCCUGGCCAAUCAGCUGAUCUCCUACGGCAGCUGUCAGUUUCCCACCCUGGGCUUCGUGGUGGAACGCUUUAAAGCCAUUCAGGCUUUCAUACCGGAGACCUUCUACAAGAUCAAAGUGCUCCAUGAGGUGGAGGAUGCCACUGUGGAGUUCAGCUGGAAAAGGAACCGCCUCUUCAACCACACGGCUUGCUUGGUGCUCUAUCAGAUCUGCAUGGAGGAUCCCAUGGCAACAGUCACCUCAGUAACCAGCAAACCUAAAAGCAAAUGGAGACCGCUGCCUCUGGACACUGUGGAACUGGAAAAACUGGCAUCUCGAAAACUCCGAAUCAAUGCCAAAGAGACCAUGAAAAUAGCUGAAAAGCUCUAUACCAAAGGGUUCAUCAGCUACCCCCGUACGGAGACCAACAUUUUCCCUAAAAACCUGGCCCUGGGGCCCCUGGUAGAGCAGCAGGCGCAGAGUCCAGAGUGGGGGACGUUUGCCCAGCGGGUGCUGGAGCAGCCAGGGGGCCCCAACCCUCGGCAGGGCAAGAACUCAGACCAAGCUCACCCUCCAAUACACCCCAUUAAGUACACUGACGCGCUGCAGGGCAAUGACGGGCGGGUGUAUGAGUUCAUCGUCCGGCAUUUCCUGGCUUGCGUCUCCCAGGAUGCUGUGGGGCAGGAGACAGUGGUAGACAUAGACAUUGCUCAGGAGAAAUUCUCCACCUCGGGGCUCAUGAUCAUUGCCAGGAAUUACCUGGAUGUUUACCCGUACGACAGGUGGAGCGCAAAGGUGAUCCCGGUGUACGAGCGAGGCUCCCAGUUCCAACCCUCUGCCGUUGAGAUGGUGGACGGUCAGACGAGCCCGCCGCAGCUUCUCACCGAGGCCGACCUCAUAUCGCUAAUGGAAAAGCACGGCAUUGGCACGGAUGCAACUCACGCAGACCACAUCGAGACCAUAAAGAGCCGCAUGUAUGUGGGUUUAACCGCAGACCAGAGGUUCCUACCUGGAGAGCUCGGCAUGGGGCUAGUAGAAGGUUACAACUCGAUGGGCUACGAGAUGUCAAAGCCAAACCUGCGGGCCGAGCUGGAGGCGGACCUGAAGCUGGUGUCGGAGGGCAGGAAGGACAAACGGAGCGUGCUCCAGCACCACAUCCAGAAGUACAAGUCCGUCUUCAUCGAGUCUGUCAGGAAGGCCAAAAAGCUGGACGAAGCCCUGUCGCCCUAUCUGGGCGCCGCCCACCAGAUCACCGAGGCGGAGCGGCAGGAGAUGGAGCCGCCGCUGCCGGUGAGGAAGUGCCCCAGCUGUGGUCUGGACAUGGUGCUGAAGAAGAAGAGGGAUGGAAACAGUAUGUUCCUGUCAUGUGUGGGAUACCCGGCCUGUAAAACGGCCGUGUGGUUCCCCGACAUGGUGCUGGAGAUCAGCAGGGAUGAAAGCGUUUGUCCCACUUGCCAGCCAAGCCCCAUUCAUAUGUUGAAGUUCAAGUUCCGCAGAGGCAGCCUCCCUCCCAUGAUGCCUCUGGAGUUCGUGGGGUGCAUCGGUGGUUGCGAUGAGACUCUCAGAGAGGUGCUGGACUUGAGGUACCUCAGAGGAGGAGGAGGAGGAGGGCCAAGGGGAGGAGAGGUAUUUGGAGGAGGGGGAGGGGGUGAAGACCCCCGUCCACCAGCGCCAAGGCCCCCCAGGCCAGCUCCCCGGGCCUCCCUCCCCCCCGUCCCGACAUGGGCCCCGCAGCCGAGGCCCCCGGCGGGCGGAGGCGGCGAGGGCGGCGGCGGCGCCAUCGUCUGCAACUGCGGGCAGGACGCGCUGCUGCUCACCGUGCGCAAAGACGGCCCCAACCAGGGCCGCCCGUUCUACAAGUGCAGCUCAGGGAGCUGCAACUUCUUCCUGUGGGCCGACCAGCCCGCCCAGCCGGAGGCGGCGCCCGGCCGGGGGCCCCCGCUGCAGGUGCAGAGGACCCCCCACGCUCCCCGGCCGCGCCCGGGGGGGCCUCCGGCGGGCGGCGGAGGGCAGGGAGGGGGCGCCGCCGUCUGCAAGUGCAACGAGGCGGCGGUGACCCGCACGGUGCAGAAGGACGGGCCCAACAAGGGCCGCAUGUUCCACACCUGCGGGAGGCCCCGAGAGCAGCAGUGCGGCUUCUUCCAGUGGGCCGACGAGAACGACCCGCCAUCAGGCAAGACACGCACACACACACACACACACACACACACACAGGCCUUUAUUCUUACUGCUCCAAAUACGCCGCUCAUGUGGUUGUUGGACCUGUGCUCCCCAGAGUCUGGAGGCUAUGGCGGGGGAGGCUAUGGCGGGGGAGGCUAUGGCGGGGGAUUCAACGGCGGCGGAGACGCGGGGCGGAGGGGGAGGAAGACGACGGGGGACACCAACAGACCCCCCGCCGCCAAGAAGCCUCGCUCCUGCGGCCUGUGCCACCAGCCGGGACACACCCGGGCCUCCUGCCCACAGCGCUGA